GCGGCGGCGACGAUGUCGGCCAGCUUGCCCUUCCCUAGCCUGAGCUGGUUCGCCAUAUGGAACAGAGACCUGCCCAGACCGAGCACAGCCACCGAAGACGACGAGACUCGUCACGAUGUGCUUUUCUACCAUGUAUCUCAAACUUCGGCACAAGAACGCCAGCAGCGUCGGAUUGGGCUAGCGCAAGGCAUGGUCGACUUCACGAGGAUGAUGUCUCGGCCAGAUCAAGCUGUGCAGAGUGUCCACUCGGCGCGACAACGCAUGAUUUUUGCCGAACCUGAACCGGGCUAUUGGCUCCAUGCUGCCAUUGACUUGCCCUGCCGAGCUAGCAGAAGUGGAUCCAAUGCGCCCACUGUUGCCCUCGACGAGGGACUCGAAGACGAGGCUCUCCUGCGCGGUCUGCACGCCAGCUAUCGUGAUUUUAAGCUACGCAACGGCACCUUUGCCAAACUGCUCAACAGUCAAGGACGCGCUACGCUCGAAGCUUUGCUCAAGCUGUUCUAUACAAUAUGGCUCGCUCAAUGGAACAUCGAGCAAUCGCUUCUGGGCUCUUCUGAGUAUCUAGCUCAGAUCAACGCAUUGCCGCUGUCGUCUCUUUCUGGCGCAGAAGGCCGGUCACUCAAUCUUACUGCGCUCGCAGAACAUGCGAAACUGCGCGAGGCUCUGCACAAACUGUCAUGCGGACGUGGGUGCUUUGCACUAUGGCGCAACCGAGUCGUCCUGUUACCAACGGAUCAGUCCUGCACGCCUAUCGAAAUUUCGGCACUUGUGCGAUUAUUGCAAUCGGUUGCACCCCACCCACUUGCGCCGCUGGACGAGGGCAAGACCAAAUUGAAAGCGGAAGCGAUUGCUGCGACCGCCCAAGAAUCACAAGAAACGUCAAAGUGGACAGUGCCGACCCUGGGCCUAGGCGGCUCGCUCAAUGCUGUCGGCCAAUAUGUGCCCAGCAUGUCCACAAUCGCCAAAGUCACACGAAUGGGUAGCCGAGACGCAUCGAACGCGUCCACGCCACCUCCCGAAGCGAGCUCAGGAUGGAUUCGAUCGAUGAGCUGGGGCAAAGGUCGGGCGUCUCCCGCCAUCGCACGAGAGAACGGUAAGAACGAUGAGAGUACGGAGGGCCCAGAUGUGGUGGAAGUGGACGAAGCUGCUAUUGCCGAUGCACUGCGAGACCAGAAGCUGCAGCGGCGAGUAGUCGGAGAGGACAGUGACGAUGAGACGGCUUCCGAGUCGAGCUCGACGGUUGCCAAUCAUAUCAGUAGCCGAUUCAAAGAUUCGCCAAAAGACAGCAUCAUUGCGGAGCCUGCCGAGGUUGCGCCUGAUGAUCAGCUCGAGCCAGAGCCCUUCAAAGAACAGAGCAUAGAAUCGCCUGUCGAGCUGGACACCGGCGAAGAACUGAAAGCCGCGCAACCCGAUAUCAUCGAGGACGAUGCACACGGUCGGAUACGGGUUCAUCUCGACUCUGCUUCGACACAAGGUACUGAAUUAGUCUGGCAACAGAUCGACUAUUUGAUGCUCGGAUACAUCGUCUCAGACGACGACGAGAAAGGAGAUUUGCAAACAAAGCAACUUGCGCAGGAGCUGCACGACGUACUUCAGGCAAAAGAGCGCGCAUAUGUCGAGAGGGCAGAAUACGAUCGACGCUCUUGUAUCAUCGCCUCCGGUACCGGCCUCUCGACAACGACGAGAUGGCCGCAAAAGACACAAUCAUGGUCAGGUCAUAAGCAUAGCGGUCAAGAGGCAGAUGUUAUCAGUGCUGUUUGGGAUUUUCAGAGACUAGCACCACAAGUGACAGAAUCAUACGUGCGAACAGGCAGCUCGCAGUGGGUGAUAAGCAAGAGGCACGCGGCACCUGACUCUGUGGCGAUAGAGAGCCAUCUCUUCCUGCCCAAGCAAUUCGGCAAAGAAUCGAGUCUGGUCGACGCCGAAGCGGAAGCUAGACGCUUCGGAACUGUCAUCGCUGCGCUCACUUAGCUCGACACGAUCACCACUUUCGUCCGACCUGCUUCCUCAUCACAACCUGCUAUCGAGUAUCAAGCCUGGACACUCACAGAUUUCUGUACGCAGUCCUUGAAAGCCAGGAACUCUUGAUUGCACAUGCCCUUCUCGACUUCCUGGUACUUUGCAGUGAUGCAUUGUCCGUAGAUCGCAGCCUGUGAUGUGAUCCCUCAGCCGACGAUGGAAGCCUGUCUGGCUCGUUGUACCUCUUGGGAACACUGUGUGAAGCCCUUUGCUAGCUUCUGUACUGGUUGCAGGUCCCGUGCGAGCGC